CCUCUCCAAGCCGAGGGUUGCACCACGGUCCCCCCAACCCCGCCCCCUGGCACCCACACACCCGAACCCACGCCGGUCCGCCCUACAAUACCUGGGGGCGGGGGAGGAAUCCCGCUUCGCGCCGGGGAGGUUACCCUCGCCAAAUUAUCUCGUUUCGGAGCCCUCUCCAACCCCCACACCAUGGCUAAUUCAGCACCACCAAAGAAUGCAACUGAAGCUCUUGCACGGAUAGAACGAGAGAAAUCUACUGCUCCGAUACCGCAAAUUGAUUUUUCAGUACACGAGUUGGAGGAUGGAACUCGUGUUUCCACAGUCGAUAGAGUUUGUAAAGAUGUCCAAGCCCCUGCCGUCGCUGUGCCAACACCCGAGGAAUUCUUUUCAGAAGAGGAUCCUAGUAAACCGGACAUUGCUUUUUUGAAGAAUCAUUUUUAUCGUGAAGGAAGAAUCACCGAAGAGCAAGCACUUUAUAUUAUAAAAAAAUGCACUGAGAUAUUAAGGAAGGAACCAAAUUUGUUAGAAGUAGAUGCUCCAAUUACAGUAUGCGGUGAUAUUCAUGGACAAUAUUAUGACUUGAUGAAACUUUUUGAAGUUGGUGGUAACCCAGCCGAUACUCGUUAUCUUUUUUUGGGAGAUUACGUGGACAGGGGAUAUUUUUCAAUUGAAUGUGUUUUAUAUUUGUGGUUGCUGAAAAUAUGGUAUCCUGAUACAUUGUUUUUACUGCGUGGAAACCAUGAAUGUCGCCAUUUAACAGAUUACUUUACCUUUAAAUUGGAAUGUAAACACAAAUAUUCUGAAGUGGUUUAUGACGCGUGUAUGGAAUCAUUUUGUGCGCUUCCUCUUGCCGCUAUAAUGAACAAACAAUUCUUAUGUAUUCAUGGUGGUCUAUCUCCAGAGCUGAAUACGCUGGAUGAUCUGCGUGCUAUAAAUCGUUUCAGAGAACCACCAACUACUGGAAUAAUGUGUGACUUGCUAUGGGCCGAUCCACUCGAAGAAUUUGACGGUAGUACUAAUAUUGAUGCUGCUUCAUCUGCGUUUGUAUACUUGACUUAUCUGAAAUUUAUGUUUGAUUAUGAUAAUAGUUACCACGCAGCAUGCGCUUUCCUGGAAAAGAAUGGAUUAUUGUCGAUUAUUCGUGCACAUGAAGCUCAAGAUGCAGGAUAUCGGAUGUAUCGAAAGACAAAAACCACUGGAUUCCCUUCAGUCAUGACUAUAUUUUCAGCACCAAACUAUUUAGACGUUUACAACAACAAAGCGGCCGUAUUGAAAUACGAGAAUAACGUGAUGAACAUCCGACAAUUCAAUUGCACCCCACAUCCAUAUUGGCUACCGAACUUUAUGGAUGUGUUCACUUGGUCUUUGCCGUUUGUUGGUGAAAAAAUCACAGAUAUGCUCUUAGUCAUAAUGAGUAUUUGCAGUAAAGAAGAACUGAAAGAUGACGAGUUAGAGGACGAGGAAGUUAUAGAAGAGCCAAAAUCUCCAGAGCCACCAUCUUCAAGUGAUGGCGCAGAAAGACGUCAAGUAAUCAAGAACAAAAUUUUGGCUGUUGGUAAAAUGGCCAGAGUUUUUUCUGUGCUCAGAGAGGAGUCAGAACGUGUUAUGGAACUGAAGAAUGUCAUGGGAACAGGAAAGUUGCCAUAUGGUACAUUGGCUUUGGGCGCAGAAGGGAUCAAAAAAGCAAUUACCUCAUUUGAAGAAGCUCGAAAAUCUGAUCUUGAGAACGAACGAUUUCCGCCAUCCCGCGAAGAACAGAUCGCCCGCAAUGAAACAAAACAACAAAAAGCAAUAGCUGAGGCUGUCGAAGAGGUGAAUCGUGAUAAAGAGCUUAACGAAGUGGCCGAAGUCUAUGUAAAAGAGGACGAAAAAAGGAGAAGCCUAAAAAGUCUUUCGGAGCUUAAUAAGGAGCGAUUAACUUAA